AUGCCGAUAUUAUCUGCCCUGAUUUUGCUCUUACUUGUUAAAACUUAUCGACAACAGCUUUUGCAACAUUUUCGAUACUUUUUACAAUGGCUUCGUUUUGGUAAAACAGACAAUACUGUUGAUUAUAACGCAGAAACGAUGAGUUCAAUCAUUGCCGAACAAGCACGUCAACGCCGUUUACGUAAAUAUGCACCAAAUUUGGAAGUGUUUUAA